ACAUGUUUCCAUGACGACCGCAUAUUGUUCGAAAAGGCCUCAGGCAAUUUUCUUUAAAUUACUUCUUCACUCCUCAAACUCGCUAACUGUAGCACGCAUGGAGGUGAAACUUGGUGCACAUGUGUAUUACAUCGUUUCCAUGACAACUACAACAACAAAUAGCCUCAGGCACUUUUCUUCUUCACUCCUCAAACUCGCUAACUAUAGCACACAUGGCGGUGAAACUUGGUGCGCAUGUGUAUUACAUCGUUUCAAUGACAACUACAACAACAAAUAGCCUCAGGCACCUUUCUUUAAAAUUACUUCUUCACUCCUCAAACUCACUAAC